AUGCCCAGGGGCACGGCCCCGGUGCAGGGGGGGCAGGGGGUGUCAGGGUCGGGCUUCGGUGCCCCCGGGACCAACAGGAGGUCCUGUGUGCAGGAGAAGUGCAUGGACAAGCCGGGCCCGAAGCUGGACAGCCGGGCCGAGACGUGCUUCGUGAACUGCGUGGAGCGUUUCAUCGACACCAGCCAGUUCAUCCUGAACCGGCUGGAGCAGACACAGAAGUCCAAGUCGGCCUUCUCGGAGAGCCUGUCCGACUGAGCUGGACCCAGCCCCUGCCAGGCCGGGCCUGGCCCAGGCCCACUCCUCCCGAAGGAGCCAGGAUCAGCUCAGGGGGUUAGGAUUUAAUUAAAUGCCAUCUCGGGGAAGCUGCAGCCAGAUGAGAGCCCACAACAGAGACACGGACGCUCCACGCCGGGGUGAUGUGGCACUCCCAGUGGCUGCCUUUGUGCUGGGACCCUGCACUUGGGACGUGCCCCCUCGGCUGAGGAGAGGGGUGGUGAUGCUCAUUCCAUGGGUGUUUCCAGUGCUGAUGUGAAGCUGGGCUCUGGGUGAGGCCAGCCUGUGGUUGCUGCCUUAAACAGUGCUGCAGAGACCAGCCCUCCUGGGUACGUGCUGACAUCCCCCCGGGCACCAUCCCAGGCUGGGACAGGCACCUGAGCCAGAAGAGCUCCCUGGGAACAGUGAUCAUCCCAGGCAGUGUCACCGCUGGAAAAUACUGUCAGGCUUCCGUAGGUAAAUCAUUCAUAUGCCCAAGUGACCAAUUUUCACACUGCAGCACAACUCUGUCGAUGCUGACUUGCUCCAUUAACUGCUUUCCCUGGGUAAAUGUAAUAAAUAAUAACUGGGUCAAUUUUUAACAUGAGAUUCUCCUUUGUUCAGGUAGAUCACGGCUGAGAAUGGAAAAUCUGGCCUUCUUGUUACUCCCCCUCCAUCCCAGUGAUCCUGUUUGUUGUAAAAUUAAUACGAAGAGGGCAUAAUUGUCUUUGGCUAGAAGGGUUUUUUUCUGAAUUGUGAUUUGUUGCUGAAUUAAUUUGGUCCCAUGAAUCAAACCUGUUUCUGGGAGAGUCUGUGGCCUUCCCCCUUCUUCCCUAAAGGUUUAACAGCUCCUGCUGACCUGUAGUUUCUUUAGAGAGACUGAAAGCAGGAAAUAACUAACCAGCUGCUUUAUCACCUCGUGCACUUUUACCUGUGGAGGUCGCUGGUGGGAGGCCCAUGGGUGUGUCUUCUGGACCUCUGCCCCCAGGACACAAAGAGGAGCUUCUAACUGGAAAAACAACCAACAGCUGAUCCGCUCUCUGGGAAGGCAGUGUGGCUCUGGGAAGCCUGGAGUGACACUGACAGUGGCCUGGAGCUCUGCACAGGAGCCUGGUCAAGCAGUUCUGCACACAUCCCAUUGCAGGAGGGGCUGGACAGCACCUGUGAGUGGCUUGUGGCCAGCAAGCCUUCCUGGGAACAAAUUCAGGAUGUGUUAAACAGCUGUGCUGAUAUAAACCCACAUCAGUGAGGACACAGCUGUCUGGUUAUCUUUCAGAAACUUACCUCAAUAGCUAAGGACUAGGUUCCCAGAGCAAGUGGUUCCCUCUCCUGUCCUAACUUGAAUUUCUCUGGAGCAUUCGCAGAGUUCUUCCUACCCCUGUGAUUCUUCACACCUUUCAGCUGGCCCAGCUCUCGGUACAAAUGUAUCACUCACCACUUGAGGAACUGAACAGAUCGGUUUUUAAUAGAAUACAGUAAGCAGGUGCUUCAUCAACCUGCACAGCAGAUGUUGCAUGAAGAGGUUGGUCCCUCUGAAGAGCCACAGCAGCAUGUGGCAGCACCACUGAAGAUUCCCAGUUUGGGCUGUAUUCUGUUCUUGGAUGUGAAUCUGUAAAUAAAUUCUAGCAGAGUGAGCAAAACAA